AUGAUGAAAUCAAGAACAGACCUUAUUUCUAAACUCAAUAACUAUGGUAAUCUUAUAGAAAACGGAAACUAUAAAGAAGCAGAUGCAGAAUCUGAAUCUUUAUUAGAUUACAUCAUGGGAUAUCAUUUUUACACUUUAUUAGGAAAAUAUUUCAAAUUAAAAUCAAAAAUCGAUGAAAAUGCAAACCAAUCCGAUAAAAUUUUAUUAGACUAUUUAAUUUUAUUAUCUAAAAGAGUUAAUUUAUCAAAUGCAAGCGAUUUUGCAAAUAAACUUACUUUACUUUUAACUUCAGAUCAACAAAUUUCAUUAAAAAUACCUACAAGAUUAAGUGGAAUAGUACCAAUUGAUAUAAAAUUGAAUUAUCAUCAAGAUGAUAUUUACUCGGGUUCAAAUGCCUUUCUUUACAUAAAUAUAUGGUCGGAUUUGCCAUAUGAUUUAACAUGCUGCAAAUUAGAAAUCGAAUUUACUCAUAAUAGAGGCCCUGCAACGUCAUUAGUUAUAAAUAACAUUGACAUUUUAUCAAAGCAGCUAAACAAGCAAGUUGCAACAAGUAUCAUCCCACAUAGAGUUUCAUCUCAAAAAGUUUCGAAAAUUCUAUUAACAAUUGAAGGAAAAACAAUCGAAUUUGAAAUACAACGCCAAGUUUCGAUCAAAGUACUUCCAGAUCCUAAUGCUUGCAAGAUAGAAGUCCAAAAGCCAAACAGAUCUUUAAUUGGAGUUCAAAUUCCAGUGAAUAUUACUUUCAAAGCUCCAUAUACAGAACUUAUUGACAUACAGCCAACAUUUCAAUGCACAAACAACUUUCCUCCAAUCAUUGAAGGCGAUUUCCUUCCAUUUAACAUGAAGGUUGGAGAAUCUGUAACAAAACUCUUUUAUUUUGAGUCAAAUACACCAGUAUUUACAACAGUUGUAAUGAAUGUUGUAUUCCAAACCGAAAUUUCCGGCGAAACAAAGAUAAAACACGUAAUUAAUUUUGAUUUUAUCAGUCCUUUCAUUGUCAAACCAUUUUUGUUCGAUUCCAACUAUCAGGAACAAAGAAAUCCGAAAUUAUCAAACGAUACAACCUAUCUUUUGGAGACUUCUCUGCUUAAUGAUCUUCAAGAUAAUAUUUUAAUCGAAAAGAUCGAAGAUUGCCAAGCAACUGACCUCCCAUGCCUACUAGAACCAGGUGAGCGAUAUACAUUUACAGUUAUUCAAAAGCCAGGACCGGCAAACAGAAAAAUUCAUUUUGUAUCAAAAGAUGAAAAGAUUGUCUUCUUUUUGAAGAUGCAACCAUUUGCAGAACUCGUUCGCAAGACACAUUACAACUUCAAAUCUCCAACAGAAGCAAUAAUUAACACAAAAUUUAAUUGUGUUAUAGAAAUCGACAAAACGCAGGACACAGAAAAAGCCUGCGGUAUAAUUCAUAUAAUUGUCGAUAAAAGCUCUCAAUUUGCUGAAAUUGGACCUUCUGAAGUAAAUACUGUUGUUUGGUCAUCAAAAGUGACUCAAAUUCCAAUCACAUUCAUUCCUAUGGUAGCUGGAUCAUAUAUCUUACCUAAGAUAACAAUAAUUGACGAAACUUCCGUUCCACAAGAGUUUAUUAGGUCAAUCAUCGUCAAUUACCAAUGA